CUUCUCUCUCUUUCUCUCUUACUUUUUCCUUUUCGUUUUUGCUCAGAAUGUCGAGUGUUCCACCAUCACCAACCGUGGUCAUGGGCGACGAACGCGGCAACAAUCCAUAUCAGCACCAGGGUGCUUAUGCCAUCCGACCACGACAACCAUCACUACAGCAGCAACAUCCGCAACCACAGCCUCCGUCACCUGUCCCUAUCACCAUACCCGAAAACAUCAAGAAAAGCUACAUGCGACAGCAGCUGCCUGUCCGCAAACAGAGUCUAGCUGCAGCCGCAACAGCAGCCAAGGCCGUGAACGCGUUCUAUACACACAGCAAAACAACCAGACAUCCCAGUAACGCUAGCGACGAGUCAAACAACGAUCCCACCACGCCACCGCCCAUGUACUCCCCGCCAUCCUUUUUUGCAGGCAAAAAUAACAAGCGAAGAGACGAAAAGCACGUUUCGUUUGGUCCGGCGCCAAUAGUAGUGCAUUCAUCAAGUGAAUCCUUGCCACCUUUCUCUGAGGAAGAAGAGGAAGAAGUUGACGAUGAGCUCGUGUUACACGCUAAAGCAGAUACCUCAGGCUAUGAUGGCCUUCAUAAUGCCGACGAGGACGACGAUGACGAUGAGGACAACGAGGAAGAGGAAGAGGAAACAGAAGCGCUGGUCGCUCAACAACUCGACCCACCUCAACAGCAACAUCAACUGGCUGUGGUUUCACCUAUGGCCUACGACACCGAAGAUCAACAAAACGCCUUCUUUUCGCACUAUGUCCAGCCGGGCAGCAAGGGUAGACGAGGCAACCACAGUAACAACAACACAGCGCUACUUUCAUACGUCGCCUUGGAGAUGUACAAACGAAUAGUACCGGACGAUGUCCUCAGAGACGGAGUUGAAUACCACUAUCUCUUUACGGGAAAAGAAGCUGUGGACCAAAUUGUAGACAUCUCUCAAGGAGCUGAUCGGAACCGUGCAUUGAUGAUCGGCCGUACGCUUGAAUCGUUGGAUGUGUUUCACGGAAUUGACGGUGAACGACGAUUUAUGGAUGCGUCCAGUGAGCUGUAUCGGUUCACUGCCUUUACGAUUGACCGUGCCAAAGAUGGUAGCACCAACUUGGCCACAGGCGUCUUUACUCCACAGACGCCGUGCUACUCUCCUACAUGCACCACUGACCGACCUUGUUACUCAAACUGCUGUCCCAAAGUGAAGAGGAGGAUCAAACGAACACGGAGUCAGUAUGCUCGCCCCGACAAGAGAACUUCACGUGCAUUAUGGGUCCACUCGGUACCAAAGGCGGUAAUUGCGGCCACACCUCCCGAGGAACAAAAGCGUCAAGAGUGUAUAUACGAGCUGAUCUACACCGAAGAAGAAUUUGCCCGUGACCUCGAAUAUAUAAACAACCACUGGAUCAAACCGCUGUCAGCCAGCGACAUUAUUUCAGGAUCAGAUAAACGCAACCAGCUCGUGCAACAAAUAUUCUGGAACAUUGCAGAAAUUGAAAAGGUCAGCGCCGCCCUGUCAUCCGCCCUGGUCCAACGACGAAAAGAGCAAGAAGUGAUUGACAUGAUUGGCGACGUCAUGAUGGCCUUUGUCUAUCAAUUCGAGCCCUACGUCGCCUACGGCUCCCACCAAGUCAUUGGCAAACAUCACUUUGAGCUCGAGAAACGACGCAACCCGAAAUUCGCCCAGUUUGUAAGGACCACCGAACGUAAGAAGGAGUCUCGUCGUCUGGAGCUGAACGGAUACCUGACCAAGCCCACGACACGACUGGGGCGUUACAACUUGUUGUUGCGCGAAAUUUUGAAACGGACCCCGCAGGGCAAUCCAGAUCGUGAAAUUAUACCUCAGGCCACGGAUGCGAUUGCUAAACUUUUGGAACGUGUGAAUGAGGAGACGGGUCGUAUUGAGCAACUCUUUACGCUUCAGCAGAUUGAGGAACGAAUGGCAUUUAAGUCGACCAGCAUUUAUGUGGAUCUGAAAUUGCGGGACGCUGAACGGGAAUUGGUCAUGCAAGGCAAAUUGAAGCGGAAGGGACACGGCUCGUCGGAGGACCUGCAGGUGUUUUUGUUUGAUCAUUACCUUGUUUUUGGCAAGAUCAAGAACCACAAUCAUGUCGAGCACUUUAAGAUCUCAAGAAAGCCCAUUCCACUAGAUGUACUUUCCUUAUCCAUCGUCGAUAUCCCCUCCAAUGGCAAAAGCCGACCAACCACGCCAUCUUCUCUCACUACGCCAUCACCGAGCAUCAACUCCAAUAGCUGCAGCAGCAACAGCAGUAACAGUAUCGCUUCACCAAGACCAUCCACAUCAUCCGAAACGUCAACGCCGUUGUCAUUGAAACCCGUUCUCUCUUCCUCGUCUUCUUCCUCAACCGCUUCUAACAACGGUGUUGUCGGAAUCAUAUUCUAUCACCACGGCCGCAAUGGGUCACCGCCCAUGACCUUGUACACCAAUUCGAUGGCAACGCGGGACCUGUGGGUCGAAAAGAUCCUUACACAAAAGGAAAAACUGAUGCAAAAGCAACAGGAAGCAGUUAUGCCUCUUACCAAACAGGCGUCAAAUAGCAGCAGCAGCAGCAGUACUACUACUGGCAGUAGUGGUAAUAGUAGUACCAAUAAUACCAAUACCACAUCUACGACUACCACUACCACCACGAUUACCCCUGCCCCUACACUAGUAAUUAACACAACCUAAUUGAAAAACAAAAGAAAAUAAAUUAUAAUGCAAUUUGCGGCAUUUUCAGGUCGUUGUACUACCG